GGACGUCACUGUCCGAGCCACGCUGUUGCACCUUCUUCUCGCGGUUUCGCGUGACUAGGACGUGAUAGUGACGCGUCGAGCUCAAACUCGAGUUGAAUCAAAAUCAAGAACACGAUGAGAUCGAUCCUGAUAACCGGUUGCAACCGCGGCCUGGGCCUGGGCUUGGUGAAACGACUGGUCGGAUCGCAGAAGCCGCCGGACAAUAUCUUCGCGACUUGUCGAGACGCGACCAAGGCGACGGAAUUACGUGCACUCGCCGACAAGUCGUCGAACAUUCACAUCAUCGAGAUAGAUUUAACGGACACGGACGGCUACACAAAAAUCGUGGAUGCAGUCAGUGAAAAAGUCAAAGGCGCCGGUCUCAACGUUCUCUUCAACAACGCCGGUAUCUCCAGCAAAUUUACACGUCUCGGCCUCGUGAAGAAGCAGCAAAUCACAGAUGCUUUUCUGGUAAACACUGUGGCGCCUAUCUUACUUACAAAGGCUUUGCUACCACUAUUGAAGACGGCCGCGAAAAAUGCUGAGGAUAAGAUAAAGCUGAGCGUUAACAGAGCAGCGGUCAUUAAUAUGACAUCUAUCCUGGGCAGUAUUGCAGAAAACACAGACGGUGGUUUUUAUCCUUACAGGUGUAGCAAGGCCGCACUUAACGCAGCAACCAAGUCAAUGAGCAUCGAUCUAAAAGCCGACGGAAUCUUGGUAACGUGUUUACAUCCAGGAUGGGUGCGCACGGACUUGGGCGGUAACAAUGCUCCGAUGGAGGUCGAAACUAGCGUCGAUUGCAUUCUGGAAACGUUGAACUCGUUAACGGAAAAACAUACCGGUUGUUUCAUACAGUAUGACGGGAAAAUAUUGCCUUGGUAGAGGAUCGAACAAAGUAAAGUUGUGUCCAUUCUUUUUAUAUAUGUAUAUAAUAAAUGCCUAUAUAUGAGACAAGCGAAAUACAUAGCAUAUAUAUAUUUUGCUUGUCAUUCCUAAAUAUCAAUGUAAAUAAUUUAAAUUAGUUCUAGAUAUACAUUAUAUGAUUUUAUAAAAAGCGCGAGUUUUCAAUAAAGUAUUGCGAUCGAGUUUUGAUCGAACGUCCUAUACUUAAUAAUUUGAAAGUAAGUCUUCUUAAGAAAUUAAACAAAUAAUAUUUACGAAUCACUUGCAUUUUAUGCGUUUUAAAAGUAAUGUUCGACGAAAGUUAAUGAGAAGAGAAGAUUUUUUAUACAAAGGCUGAACAAGCAACAUCGCAUCUCUUCUCGCAAACGACGUACAAUACGCACUAUUCAGUAAGUCAUUCAACUAUUUUAUUCACAUGAAUCAAGCUUCUUUUGUACAUGUCACGGUGCUAUAAUGUAACGCAAAGGAAUGCAAGUUCUCCUAUAGUAUCAAUAGACGAAAGAAAUUAUAUAUCUGAGAUAUGUACAAUGAUUUUUAACGACUAAUCGAAAGCAUGAACAUAUUUAUAUGUACGUCUAUCUAUUUACGUGUGUACCUUCAAUGAUUGACUUCCAACUUAUAGCAGAAAUAAUUAUAUAAAGUAUUCAAGUAUUUCGCGAGACAAAUUGUUCGCGACAUAAUGUUGGAACGAGAGAAACAGUUUUUCCAAAGAGAACAUAAUACUGCCAACGAUGCUACAAUUGUCGCGAAUGUACAAUCCGCUUCUUAUGUUUUGAAUAUUCUCAACAUUUGCCUGUCGAGUGCCAUUUCUCGACUUUCAUGAUUUCACUAGAACAGUCUGAUAAGAUAUAUAAAGUGUCGAUAUUUAAUAAACGGAUUGGGCGUUCGCCGGAUUUUAUUCUAUCCAAUUAGUGGAUCAUUGUUUCUAGUUUCUAAAUUCAAUGUGGCAAUUUAUAAUAUAUAAAUUCAUAUAUAAAAAAAAUAUAAACUCCAUUUUACAUAAUUUAAAAUGUUCCAUAAAAGUGAUGCUAUUCAGUUACAUAUGAAUGCAUAUAU